AUGGAAAAUAAAUUCUUCACAUCCUCAAGACUUGAAAAAGUACUCCGUUACCUUCUAAAAUCACAGCCCUCAGAACAAUCCUCGUGUGAAUGCGGCGCACAUCACAAAGGACCAGAGUGGAUCUUCGAAACAGACACAUGGUCGCAGUUACAAGCUCUUCGAAGAAUACUCUGCCAACGACCUGCAAUUCCCAAGAUCCCAACAGACACACUCGCAGACAUUGAAGCAGUAGUCAAUUACUACAAUCAGCACAAGUUACUCACCUCCACAACCUCUAUUCACCCGGACGUGACCAUCCCAUCCCAAAGAAACCACAAACCUCUUCGCAUCUCAUGCUGGAAAGGUGAUAUCACAACCCUGUCAGAUAUUACAGCAAUUGUCAACGCCGCCAAUUCCCAGCUUGAAGGCUGCUUCCGACCUGAUCACCGAUGCAUCGAUAAUGUCAUUCAUUCGGCUGCCGGUCCACGUCUCCGAGAUGCGUGCCAUACUCUCAUCGAGGCACAAGGAUAUCCAGAACCAGCCGGCUCUGCAAAAAUCACACCGGGAUUUCUCCUCCCUGCCGAGUGGGUGUUGCAUACCGUCGGUCCACAAUUGAAUCCAAGAGAGACCCCACAGCCACAUCACAAAGCGCAACUUGCAUCGUGCUAUCGAGCCUGUUUAGACAUAGUCGACUCCCUACCUCCUCUCAAAGAUGGCCGGAAAGUUGUCGCAUUCUGCUGUAUUUCCACCGGUCUGUUUGCGUUCCCCUCUGCCCUCGCUGCGACUAUUGCAGUUGAGACUGUCAUGUCCUGGUAUCAGGAACACAGUUCUAAAUCCACCAUCACGGACAUUGUUUUCGAUACAUUCCUCGAAGCCGACUUCCUUCUCUACCGCGAUUUACUUUCCAGUUUGAAGAAUCAGAACUGUUCCGAUAUCAUCUUCUCGCCCUCCAUUUUGCCUUCUCCACCUUACACUCCUAUUCCGAACCCAUCCAUCCUGAAAGCCCGUGCCUGGCUCGAAGAUGCAUCGACACUUAUCAUUACCGCCGGCGCGGGCCUCUCUGCCGCAGCGGGUCUCGACUAUGCCUCGACCACGCUUUUCGAAUCCCAUUUCCCUGCCUUCAAAGCAAAGGGUCUGAACAGGUUAUACGAUUCAAUCGGGUACAGUGACUGGGACAGCUCAGCACAGAAAUGGGGGUACUAUUUUCUGCAUCUGGACCUGGUGCGCAAGUGGCCCGUUUCUCCUGUCUAUGGACUUCUGCGUGGGUUAGCAAACCGGUUCGAUGAAGGGAGGUAUCAUAUUCGGACGACGAAUGUUGAUGGGUUCUUUGCUAAGAAUGGGUUUCCGGAUGAGAGGAUCUCGACGCCGCAGGGUCAAUAUAAGUAUUUGCAGUGCUAUAUGAAGUGCAGGGCCGAUGCGGUUUUUCUUUCGGGGCCUUUUAUUGAUGCUGCAUUACCGUUAAUUGAUCCUGUUUCUCAGAUUCUGACUGAAGAGGCGUUGAUUCCAAAGUGUAGGUUUUGUGGUGGGGAGGUUAUUUAUUGUGUGCGGGGUGGGAAUUACUUCAAUCAGAGGCCUUUUGGAGGACAGGAGAGGGUUUGGAAGGGGUUCUUGGAGAGGUUAGAUCAUGAAAAACAGUCGGGAGGAACUGUGAUUUUGGAGUUGGGAGUUGGUUUGAAUACUCCUGGUGUACUGCGGUGGCCGAAUGAGGAUUUGGUAUCUGAAUCGUCAAGUGGACAGUUCCGGUUGAUUCGGGUUGGGAUUGAAGCUUCGGGGUGUGUGCCUUGGGAACUGGAAGAAGAAGAUCUGGCGGUUGGAAUCACAGGAGAUAUCGGAGUGGCCAUGCAGUUGCUGUCAUAG